AUGAUGGGCAGCCCUGGCAGCCCAGGGGCUGUGGGCUUGGGCUCCAGCACGGCCUCCCUGGACACCGGCCCACUCGGUGGGUGGAUGGCCUGGCAGGGGAACGCCUCCGUCUGCCUGAAUCAGAGCAUGGUCUGGGCUGACCUGGACGCCAACCUCUCCAAGUCCCAGAUGGACUCCAGGGCGGCGGCCAUGAAGGAGAAGAACUGGCCGGCCCUGCUCAUCCUGGUGAUCAUCCUCCUCACCAUCGGCGGCAACAUCCUGGUCAUCCUGGCCGUGUCGCUGGAGAAGAAGCUGCAGAACGCCACCAACUUCUUCCUGCGCUCGCUGGCGGUGGCCGACAUGCUGGUGGGCAUCCUGGUCAUGCCCAUCUCGCUCAUCAAUAUUCUGUACGAUUACGCCUGGCCCCUUCCGAAUGCGCUGUGCCCCAUCUGGAUCUACCUGGAUGUGCUCUUCUCCACCGCGUCCAUAAUGCACCUGUGCGCCAUUUCGCUGGACCGCUACGUAGCCAUCCGCAACCCCAUCGAGCACAGCCGUUUCAACUCCCGCACCAAGGCCAUGCUAAAGAUUGCUGCUGUCUGGACCAUCUCCAUAGUGAUCUCUAUGCCCAUCCCUGUGAUCGGGCUCCUUAAUGAAGAGAAGGUGUUUGUGAAUGGCAGCUGUGUGCUGAAUGAGGAGAACUUUGUGCUUGUGGGCUCCUUUGUGGCCUUCUUCAUCCCCUUGGUCAUCAUGGUAGUCACAUACUGCCUUACCGUGCAGGUGCUGCAGCGGCAGGCCUCAGAUCUCUUGUACGAGGGCAAGUCUGCACCCUCCCAGCAGCCCUUGCAGCCGGUCCCACCCCCACAGACUCAGCCCAGACGCAGCAGCCUCAGCUGCUUGAAUUUAGAACCCUCCCUCAUCACCACGCCCUCCAACAGCAUUUCCAUCAUCCCCAGCUCAGAGGCUGCCUCACAGCUCAGCUCUCCUGGGGGGCGGGACCCAGGGGGACACAGGAGGCGGGGCAUGAUGCAGGCCAUCAAGAACGAGAGGCGGGCCUCAAAGGUCCUGGGCGUGGUCUUCUUCCUCUUCCUGGUGAUGUGGUGCCCGUUCUUUAUUACCAACGUCAUGAACGUGCUCUGUCAUGGGGCCUGCGACGGGCCCCUGCUGGGGGAGCUUCUCAACGUUUUUGUGUGGGUGGGCUACAUCUCCUCGGGGGUCAACCCGCUGGUCUACACCCUUUUCAACAAGACCUACCGCCGCGCUUUCUCCAGCUACAUGCGCUGCCGCUAUCCAGGGGCAGGGCUCAAGCCCCUCCCCGCCCACACGCCCUGCCCAUCGUAUGCUGUCACGCCCACCCUGUUGUGCGGAAAAGACAGCGUUGACAGCAACAGCAACUGCCGCAAUGGCGACGGGAACCCGCUGGGCGGCCUGGAGCUCGACCACACGGACGAGGCGGUGGAGAUGCAGGCAGAGGCAUCUGAGGUGUCUGUCAACAGCUGCUGUGUCCCCACAGAGCACACCAGCUCCAUGUGA